GCAUCAUAAAUAUUUCUAUAGUGGGAGUGUGAGCGUGUGACUAUUUGUAACCGCCGUGGCUUCCGUUCGUUUACUUUUCCUUCGGGGAUAAAUACUCCAAACGACGAAGAAGAAAGACGGCGACCAGGUUAUUUUUAAUUUCGACGCGGAACACGAAACAAUCACAAUAAACGUAAGCAACUGGACCAGUUGUUUUGUUAUAAAUUAUUCAAUUCGUUACAAGAAUUCGGAAUACAGAGAGACGCAAAGAAGAAGAAGAGUUGAGAGAACAUUUCAUAACAAGAAAAAGAGCGAGAAAGUUGGACCCCGUUUCGCACAGAUUGUUACAAUCAGAUAAAAUAAUCCCCGAGAAAUUUAUUACGUCUCAUCACCACGAUGGCAGAACUGAUUUCCGUUGAAGGUGACGCCUUGCAUAACGGAGUUGCAACCGGGCCCAACACAUUCUCCAUCAACAUGGCCGGCAUGAACAACUCCAAACUAGUCGUGGCAUUCACCGGGCCGGCCAAACCGCAAGUCAUGCUGGCCUCCGAGAAGGGGGGCAAUAUUAAGUGCACAUAUUCGAAAGCGGUGGAAGGCGAGUAUCAGAUGAGCGUGACCUUUGACGACGAUCACAUUGAGGGCUCCCCCUUCACCGUCGUGGUCAAGUAAACCACCAAGGAUGAGGUAAAACGGAAAGGGAAAAAAUACGGAAAAUUGGUUGUGUUCACUAAUACCGAUCAGAUCUGAAAAAUUAUUCAAAAUGAGAGCUUUUAUUAACUAAAAAUUUAAUUACUACACACAAUCUGGAGAAAGUGGGAGAAGAAGUUAAAAAUGAAAUGAAAACACAGAUUUAGUAAAAAGUUAUAGAAAUUUCAUUUGAGAGCUCAUUACACUAUUUGUUCCUCUUAUCCACGCACCAUUACCUGCCUAUGUACAUAUCUUGGGUGUACAUAUAAGUAUUUGCAUGGAUCAAGUCUUGUCCUUAUUUACAUAAUUAUGUAUUUAUAAACCUAAACAGUAUUUAUUGUUAUCGAUGAGUAUGUAUUGGCGGAUUUAAAAUUAUAAAGUGAUUGGUCUCCUUUAAUUAAAAUUCAUGAUUCGUUCUCAUUUAAAAAAAAUGUUAAGUUAUUAACGUCGUGUUUCGUUAAUGUUAUGAUUCCUCUGUUUGUUUUGUUUGUAAAUAAAUAUGUGAGAGUAAAAAAGUGAA